AUGGCUUCCCUAAGAGGUACGCAGCAGCCGGAGCUUUCGAAGAAACUGUUCAAGAUCAUCAAAUCUGAAAACCAUGCGAUUGGCGCCUACGAGGCUGCGGCACGUGAACGGGCUGGCAUUGCUCAGCAGCUCUCGGAAUGGGGUGAGGCCACAGAGGACGAGACGAUCUCGGAGAUUUCAGAUAAGCUCGGAGUGCUGCUCGCAGAGAUUGCCGAGCAAGAGGAUAUCUAUGCACAAGCCUUGGAGGAAUACCGAGGUGUCUUGAAGCAGAUUCGCAACACAGAAAGCUCAGUGCAGCCGAGCCGAGACCACAAAACCAAGGUGUCGGAUGAGAUCGCCAAGUUGAAAUACAAAGAACCUCAGAGUACUAAGAUUGUCCAGCUCGAACAGGAGCUCGUACGCGCGGAGGCACAGAGCCUGGUUGCCGAAGCGCAACUCAGCAACAUUACUCGUCAGAAGUUCAAGGAGGCAUACGACCACCACUUCGCAGCCACUAUCGAACGUGCUGAGAAGCAAAUCAUCCUAGCCAAGCACGCUCGUCGUCUCUUGAACCUUGUCGACGACACCCCCAUCGUCCCCGGCGAUGUACACCCUCCGUUCGCAGAGGUAGAAGCAGCACGCCAGGUACUCACCGACGCGGAAGACGAUCUUCGCCAUUACCAGUUGGAUGUUGAGCCCAUCCAUUCGAAUGCAGGCAACCUCGGAGUGGGUGCAAUGCCGGGAGCCCCCGUGCCAGGAGUCGGAGCGGGAGAAACAAGUGGAGCCCCUGUUCCAGAAUCUACUACGUACGAGAGUACGGUACGAAGCGAGAGUCCCAUAGGCGUGCAGUAUGACAAGGCGGGUUCAGCUCCUUACCCCUUGGAGGAAGCGGAUAGAGUGGAAAGGCAGCAGCAGGAGGUUCCUAGACAGGAAGUUUCCAACGUAGCUUGA